AUGGCAUCGAAGCGCAAGGGAAAGGCUAAGGAGGAGGCUCCCGUCGUCCAGCUCGGUCCCCAGGCUCUCGAUGGCGAGAACGUCUUCGGCGUGGCCCACAUCUACGCUUCGUUCAACGAUACCUUCGUCCACGUUACCGAUUUAUCGGGCCGUGAAACCAUUGCCCGCGUUACCGGCGGCAUGAAGGUGAAGGCUGAUCGUGAUGAAUCGAGCCCCUACGCUGCCAUGUUGGCCGCGCAAGACGUCGCUGAGAAGUGCCGCACUCUUGGCAUCAACGCUCUGCACAUCAAGCUUCGAGCCACCGGUGGAACUAAGACCAAGACCCCCGGUCCGGGCGCCCAGAGUGCUCUCCGUGCUCUGGCUCGUUCUGGCAUGAAGAUCGGCCGAAUUGAGGACGUCACGCCAAUUCCACAUGGCGGUACCCGAAGGAAGGGAGGUCGCCGUGGUCGUCGUCUGUAA